AUAGACAUAGUAGCUGCCAACUAAAUCAAAUUAACAAAGUCAAAGUGAAUGAGUCUUCGCCCGUCCCACUAAAAUAAAGUGCCGUCCGUCCAUCACCCUUCAACUUCAACCCAACGGUCACAAAACAUAGAACGAAUCAAACAAACAGCGAGUCCUACGUUGUUCUGUCCUGUCCCGUGAAGCCGUCUUUGAUUCUCACCACAGUUUCCCGCGUCACCCUUAUUCUUUUCUUUUCUUCCCUCCCACUCCUUCUCCUAACAACAACCUUCAAAUUUUUUCAUAACAACCUCAUUCUCCUCAAAUUCAAUAUUCCCAACCAUGUCCCUCUUCUUCUUCCUCCUUCUCUUCUCCCCUUUUCUCACCCCCUCUUUUUCCCAAACCCCCCCUCUCAAAGGCUUCCUCAUCAACUGCGGUUCUUCAUCAAAAACCAUCAUCAACAACCAUUCAUGGCUUCCCGAUUCAACCUUCAUCUCAUCAGGCACACCGAGAAACAUAACCUCCUCAGUUCUAAUUCCAUCUCUCAAAACGCUUCGUUCUUUCCCUCUCCAAGUCAAAAAACACUGCUACAAUAUUCCGGUGUAUCGCGGCGCAAAGUAUCUGAUUCGGAGUACUUUUUUCUACGGAGGAGUCAACGGUCCUGAUCACCCUUCGCCGCCUGUGUUUGAUCAGAUCGUUGACGGGACUCUGUGGACCGUGGUUAAUACUACGGAGGAUUAUGUUAAUGGAAAUUCAACUUUUUAUGAAGGGGUUUUCUUAGCUAAGGGAAAGUUUUUGACUUUUUGUAUUGGGGCUAAUAGUUAUACGGACUCUGAUCCGUUUGUAUCUGCUUUGGAGUUUUUGAUUCUUGGGGAAUCACUUUAUAAUACUACUGAUUUCAAGAAUUUUGCUAUUGGUUUGGUUGGUAGACACAGCUUUGGUUACUCCGGUGCACCUAUUAGGUAUCCUGAUGAUCAAUUCGACCGUAUUUGGCAGCCAUUUGGGCAGAGUAAUUCAACCAAAGCAAACACUGGCAAUGUUUCUGUUUCUGGCUUUUGGAAUCUUCCACCUUCAAAGGUAUUCGAAACACAUCUAGGAUCGGAUCAAUUAGAGUCCUUGGAACUGAGAUGGCCUACAGCAUCACUUCCAAGCUCCAAAUACUACAUUGCUCUAUACUUUGCUGACAACACUGCUGGAUCAAGAAUUUUUAACAUAAGUGUAAAUGGUGUACAUUAUUACCAUGAUUUGAAUGCGAUCCCAUCCGGUGUUGUUGUCUUUGCCAACCAAUGGCCUCUUUCUGGUCCUACAACAAUAACUUUAACUCCUUCAGCUAGUUCAUCUUUGGGGCCCCUAAUUAAUGCCGGUGAAAUUUUUAAUGUCUUGUCUCUUGGAGGAAGAACUUCUACUCGCGAUGUUAUUGCUCUGGAAAGGGUCAAAAAGAGUCUUCGAAAUCCUCCACUUGAUUGGAGUGGUGAUCCUUGUAUGCCUCGACAAUAUUCAUGGACUGGUAUCACAUGCUCGGAAGGAUCCAAUAUCCGCGUAGUGACUUUAAAUUUGACGAGUAUGGAUCUUUCAGGAUCUUUAUCGCCUUUCGUUGCCAAUAUGACAGCUUUGACCAACAUCUGGCUUGGAAAUAACAGUUUAUCCGGACAGAUUCCUAACCUCCGUUCACUAACGAAGUUGGAGACACUGCACCUGGAAGACAAUCAAUUCAGUGGAGAGAUUCCCUCGUCCCUAGGGAACAUCGGAAGCUUAAAAGAAGUAUUUUUACAAAGCAACAAUUUAACUGGUCAAGUUCCAGCAAACCUCAUUGGAAAACCGGGAUUGAUCGUCAGAACUUCUGGAAAUAAUUUCUUGUCACCUCCAGCACCUUGAGAUAAAAAGACUUUCCUUUCGUCAAGAUUCUUUCGCCCUUAGAUUAUUCUGGAUUUGGUGAAAAUUCUUCAUUUUCAACUUUAAACCGAAGAUCGAAGUUCAAUACAACCUUCUCUCGCGGGAGAGCAUACAGAUUUAUUGUUUUGGCUUGGAGUAUAUACUUUCAUAUUGGCGGAAACGAUUCGUUCAACUUUGGUUCUCAGUUCCUUGAAAAUUGUAAUGUUCUUCGAAUUUGUAUCGUUACAUAUCAUUGUAUAGUCAUUAUUUAUUGUUUUAU